AAAAACUGUAUAAAUUUAAGUAACUUUAAUGCUUUGAUCAUCACUUUUAAUAAAGAUUUUCAGUGAUAAUAACCAUGAAGUACUUCAUAGUUCUCGCACUUUUUUCGUGCGUGGCAUUUGUCAGCUCAGAUGAGUAUGACUAUUAUAGUGAAUGCGAAACAACUGGACAAGGAUAUGAUGCCUGGAAGAAGGAUGGAUCUAGAAUUGUAACAUUCGGAUUAUCCUGGUGCAAGAAAUCAUGGAGAAGCAAGUUCACCGUCAUUGAUGGCUUCCACGCUAACGGCGGUAACGGAAAUUGGGAAUAUCAUUAUCUUAAUUGUAACAAAUUUGCUGAUGGAACAUGUCAAGGAUUAUUCAACAAUUUCCUUGAUCAUGUUGAUGAUCAAUCAUUAAAAAUGUCAAUGAAAUAUCACUUGCCACGUACCUUCUGCAUUAAAAGAAAAGGAGAUUCUAUCAAAGUUCAUCCAAUUACUGAAACUGGACGAGUUCAUUCAAGCGAAAGAAAUCAUGACUUCUUUAAGCAUUUCAUUGAUAAAUGUAAUGAAUUUUAGAAGUUUAAUAUUAAUUUUAAUAAAGUCAUAAAUUUCAAACCAUGCUCAGUU